UAGACCGGGAGCAGCUGUGCCGGCUGGUGGAGAAAUGCGUGCUGCGGUGUGAGCUGAUAGUGGAGGGGGAAAUGAAGUUUUACGAAAUCGAAGUGGAAAUCACGGACGUUAACGACAACGCUCCCGGCUUCCAGGAGGGCGAAACUGAGAUGAAAAUGAGUGAGACGACAGCUCUAGGGUCCCGGUUUCCGUUAGCCGAGGCUCACGACCCAGACUUGGGUCAGAAUUCUCUGCAGAACUACGAGCUGAGCGGCGACGAGCACUUCUCGCUGGCCGUGCAGACGGGCCCCGGCGGGGAUCAGCGGCCCGAGCUGGUGCUGGCGAAGGCGCUGGACCGGGAAGAGGCGGCGUUUCACGAGCUGGUGCUGCGGGCGAGUGACGGCGGAGAGCCGGCACGGACGGGCACGGCGCGGAUCCGCGUGGCGGUGCUGGACGCCAAUGACAACGCGCCCGUGUUCAGCGCGGCGGAGUACACGGUGCGUGUGGCGGAGGACGUGCCCGUGGGCUCCGUCCUCGUCACCCUCACGGCCACUGAUGCCGACGAGGGCGUGAACGGCCACGUCAAAUUCUCGGUGAAGAAAAAGAAGGACAUUGCCAUGCAGAUUUUCCACUUGGACUCUGAGACGGGAGCGAUCAGUGUGAUGCGGGGCCUGGACUUUGAGGAAGGCAACUCCUAUGAACUCGAUGUACAGGCGCAUGAUGGAGGUGGCCUUUACGACACAGCGAAAAUCUCCAUCUCUGUAACAGACGUCAAUGACAACGCGCCAGAACUGGCCGUAUCAUCGGCACUGCGCGAGAUCUCUGAGGAUGCUCCGUCGGGGACAGUGGUGGCCCUGCUGCAUGUGCAGGACUUUGACUCAGGAGCCAACGGCGAGGUGCGGUGCUCCCUGGAAACGGGCGUCCCGUUCAGGCUGGUGAAGUCGCUUGAGAAUUACUACCAUCUGGUCACAUCUCGGGAACUGGACCGGGAGAAGGUGUCGGAGUACAACGUGACUGUGCGGGCGGCAGACGGCGGGUCGCCGGCGCUGUGGAGCAGCGCGGUGCUGGCGCUGCGGGUGCUGGACGUGAACGACAACGCGCCGGUGUUCUCGGAGGAGCGGUACAGCGCGCGUGUGGCCGAGAACAACGCGGCGGGCGCGGUGGUGGUGCGGGUGCGGGCGUCGGACGCGGACUGGGGGGAGAACGCGCGCGUGCGGUACCGGCUGGUGGAGGGCCGGGUGCGGGGAGCAGCGCUGUCGUCGUACGUGUCGGUGCAGGCGGAGACGGGCGCGCUGUACGCGCUGCGCUCCUUCGACUACGAGGAGGUGCGCGAGGUGGGGCUGUGGGUGGUGGCGGAGGACGGCGGCGCGCCGGCGCUGAGCAGCAACGUGUCGGUGCGGCUGGAGAUCCUGGACGAGAACGACAACGCGCCGCAGGUGCUCUACCCGCCGCCGGCCUCGGCCUCGGGGUCGUCGUCGUCAGUGGGGUGGCCGGCGGUGGAGCUGGCGCCGCGGUGGUCGGAGCCCGGGUCGCUGGUGGCCAAGGUGGUGGCGGUGGACGCGGACGCGGGUCAGAACGCGUGGCUGUCGUACGAGGUGUGGAAGGCGACGGAGCCGGGUCUGUUCCGCGUGGGGCUGCACAGCGGCGAGGUGCGGACGGCGCGGUUCCCGCUGGCCCGCGACGCGGCGCGGCAGAGCCUGGUGGUGGUGGUGAAGGACCACGGGCGGCCGGCGCUGUCGGCCACGGCGACGCUGACGCUGGUGCUGGCCGAGAGCGUGGCCGAGCUGGUGUCGGAGCUGGGCAGCGCGGGCUCGUCGGCGGCGGCGGCGGGGCCGGGCGAGGCGGGCGGCAGGCUGACGCGCUGGCUGGUGGUGGCCGUGGCGGCCGUGUCCUGCCUCUUCCUCGCCUUCCUGCUGCUGCUGCUGACGCUGCGCCUGCGGCGCUGGCGCCGCUCGCAGCAGCUGCUGGCGGCGGGCAGCGGCGCCUUGCGCGGCGUCCCGGCCUCGCACUUCGUGGGCAUCGACGGCGUCCGCGCCUUCCUGCACUCCUACUCGCACGAGGUGUCGCUCACCGCCGACUCGCGCAAGAGCCACCUCCGCUUGUCGCCCGGCAGCUGCUGUGACACCCUGCCGGCCCGACCGCCGCCCGACGAGCCCGCGCCGCUGCUCGCCGAGGACCCUGACGGUGCCCCCUGCCCCCCCGACCCCACCGCCCCGACCCCGUGCCGGGAGGAGGCUGCGGGUGCCGCUGCUGACCGAGGAGGAGCGAGAGGAAGGCCGGAGCAGCAGCAGCCCCGCCCGCUGCGGCCCGGCUCCAUCGCUGGCUGGCUGGCUGGCUCGGCGGCCGGGCGGUCUGCGAGUCCCCCGGUGCGGAGCCGUGCUGCAGCGAGGCGGAGGGGAGCGGAGAGGAGCCCGGAGCGGGAUCCGGAGCCGGAUCGGCGGCGUUGUUAUCGGCGGAGGUGCGUGGAAUGGCGGGGAGGCGGGGGCCGGCGGGAGCGAGCCCUGCUGUGGGGCGUGCUGGUGGCGGCGUGGGAGGCGGCGUGGGGACAGCUGCGCUACUCGGUUCCCGAGGAGCUGCCCAAGGGCUCGUUCGUGGGCGACGUGGCAAAGGACCUGGCGCUGGACCUGACGGCGCUCGGAGAACGCGGCGUCCGCCUCACAGACAGAGGCAGGACACAGUAUUUGGGUCUGCAGGAGGAGACGGGACAUUUGGUGACAGCGGAGAGGAUAGACCGGGAGCAGCUGUGCGAGAGUGUGCAGCAGUGCUUGCUGCGGUGUGAGCUGAUAGUGGAGGGGGAAAUGAAGUUUUACGAAAUCGAAGUGGAAAUCACGGACAUAAACGACAAUGCGCCCACAUUCCGAGAGGAAGAAAAACAGCUGAGAAUAAGCGAAGCUGCAGCUCCGGGCUCUCGGUUUCUCUUGGCCGAGGCUCACGACCCAGACUUGGGUCAGAAUUCUCUGCAGAGCUACGAGCUGAGCGGCGACGAGCACUUCUCGCUGGCCGUGCAGACGGGCCCCGGCGGGGAUCAGCGGCCCGAGCUGGUGCUGGCGAAGGCGCUGGACCGGGAGGAGGCGGUGUUUCACGAGCUGGUGCUGCGGGCGAGCGACGGCGGAGAGCCGGCACGGACGGGCACGGCGCGGAUCCGCGUGGCGGUGCUGGACGCCAACGACAACGCGCCCGUGUUCAGCGCGGCGGAGUACACGGUGCGUGUGGCGGAGGACGUGCCCGUGGGCUCCGUCCUCGUCACCCUCACGGCCACCGACGCCGACGAGGGCAUGAACGGCCACGUCAAAUACUCGUUGAAGAAAGUGUCAGACGCGGCAUCGGAGAUUUUUCAGUUGGAUUCCGAAACGGGAGCCAUCAGUCUGUUGCAAAGCCUGGAUUUCGAGGAAGGUAGCUCUUAUGAACUGGAGGUACAGGCACUGGACCAUGGAGAUCUCUUCGACACGGCGAAAGUUUCCAUCGCCGUAACAGACGUCAACGACAACGCACCCGAGAUUUCGGUGCUGUCGGCUUUGAGCGAGAUAUCCGAGGACGCGCCGUCGAGGACGGUGGUGGCCCUUCUGCACGUACAGGACCGGGACUCGGGUGCGAACGGCCAAGUGCGGUGCUCCCUGGAAGGCGGGGUCCCUUUUAGUCUGCGAGGCUCCCGGGGCAGCUACUACAGCGUGGAGACGUCCCGGGAGCUGGACCGGGAGAAGGUGUCGGAGUACAACGUGACGGUGCGGGCAGCAGACGGCGGGUCGCCGGCGCUGUGGAGCAGCGCGGUGCUGGCGCUGCGGGUGCUGGACGUGAACGACAACGCGCCGGUGUUCUCGGAGGAGCGGUACAGCGCGCGUGUGGCCGAGAACAACGCGGCGGGCGCGGUGGUGGUGCGGGUGCGGGCGUCGGACGCGGACUGGGAGAACGCGCGCGUGCGGUACCGGCUGGUGGAGGGCCGGGUGCGGGGAGCAGCGCUGUCGUCGUACGUGUCGGUGCAGGGGGAGACGGGCGCGCUGUACGCGCUGCGCUCCUUCGACUACGAGGAGGUGCGCGAGGUGGGGCUGUGGGUGGUGGCGGAGGACGGCGGCGCGCCGGCGCUGAGCAGCAACGUGUCGGUGCGGCUGGAGAUCCUGGACGAGAACGACAACGCGCCGCAGGUGCUCUACCCGCCGCCGGCCUCGGGGUCGUCGUCGUCAGUGGGGUGGCCGGCGGUGGAGCUGGCGCCGCGGUGGUCGGAGCCCGGGUCGCUGGUGGCCAAGGUGGUGGCGGUGGACGCGGACGCGGGUCAGAACGCGUGGCUGUCGUACGAGGUGUGGAAGGCGACGGAGCCGGGUCUGUUCCGCGUGGGGUUGCACAGCGGCGAGGUGCGGACGGCGCGGUUCCCGCUGGCCCGCGACGCGGCGCGGCAGAGCCUGGUGGUGGUGGUGAAGGACCACGGGCGGCCGGCGCUGUCGGCCACGGCGACGCUGACGCUGGUGCUGGCCGAGAGCGUGGCCGAGCUGGUGUCGGAGCUGGGCAGCGCGGGCUCGUCGGCGGCGGCGGCGGGGCCGGGCGAGGCGGGCGGCAGGCUGACGCGCUGGCUGGUGGUGGCCGUGGCGGCCGUGUCCUGCCUCUUCCUCGCCUUCCUGCUGCUGCUGCUGACGCUGCGCCUGCGGCGCUGGCGCCGCUCGCAGCAGCUGCUGGCGGCGGGCAGCGGCGCCUUGCGCGGCGUCCCGGCCUCGCACUUCGUGGGCAUCGACGGCGUCCGCGCCUUCCUGCACUCCUACUCGCACGAGGUGUCGCUCACCGCCGACUCGCGCAAGAGCCACCUCCGCUUGUCGCCCGGCAGCUGCUGUGACACCCUGCCGGCCCGACCGCCGCCCGACGAGCCCGCGCCGCUGCUCGCCGAGGACCCUGACGGUGCCCCCUGCCCCCCCGACCCCACCGCCCCGACCCCGGGAAUAUCUUGGCGAGCUGUGAUGCCGAGCAUGGCGUGCGGGAAGAGGCAGGGGCUGAGCCGGCGGCGAGCAGGCGGGCGAGUGGUGGUGCUGGCCGCGUUGCUGCUGGGCUUGUGCUGCCGGGCGGCGGGCGAGCGGAUCCGCUACGCCAUCCCCGAGGAGCUGGGCAGAGGCUCGCUGGUGGGGCCGCUGGCGAGGGACCUGGGGCUGAGCCCCGCCGAGCUGCCGGCACGCAAGCUGCGGGUGGUGUCUGCAGCCAAAAAGCAGCUGAAAUACUUCUCGGUGAGCGAGGAGAGCGGGGAGCUGUACGUGAGCGAGAGGCUGGACCGGGAGGAGAUGUGCGGCGAGGCGGCGUCCUGUUCCGUCAGCUUCGAGGCGCUGGUGGAGAACCCGCUCAACGUUUUCCACGUCCACGUCGACAUCCAGGACGUCAACGACAAUGCCCCGCGGUUCCUGCGUGACAAUAUCCAGUUGGAGAUCAACGAGUUCACUUCUCCUGGCGCGCGUUUUGCUUUGGGCAGGGCUGAAGACCCGGACGUGGGCAGUAACUCGCUGCAGGGCUACGAGCUGGAGGCCAACAAGUACUUCGGGGUGGAGGUGAAGGAGAGCGAGGACGGCAGCAAGUUCGCGGAGCUGGUUCUGCGCCGAGCGCUGGACCGGGAGAGCGAGCAGAGCGUGCGGUUGGUGCUGACGGCGCUGGACGGCGGUGACCCGCCCCGCAGCGGCACCGCCCAGCUCUGCAUCAACGUCACUGACGCCAACGAUAACCCACCCGUGUUCGCGCAGGACCGGUACCGCGUGAGCCUGCGGGAGGACGCGCUGCCCGGUUCGAUGGUGCUGAACGUCUCAGCCUCGGACGCUGACGCCGGCACCAACGCGCGCAUCACCUACGGCUUCGGGGAAACUCCUACCAAACUGAUUGAAAAAUUCUGGUUGGACGCGCAGAGAGGAAUCCUCACGCUAAAGGAGGCGCUGGACUAUGAGGACACGCACGGCUACAAACUUCUGGUGGAGGCGAGGGACGGAGGAGGUCUUGUGGCUCACUGCAAGGUGGAGGUGGAGGUGCUGGACGUGAACGACAACGCUCCCGAAAUCACGAUCCUAUCGGUGUCGAGCCCCGUGCCCGAGGAUGCCCCAGCAGGCACGGUGGUAGCCCUCCUGAACGUCAACGACGCGGACUCCGGGGAGAACGGCGAUGUGCGGUGCGAGCUGUCGGGCGAGGCGCCGCUGUCGCUGGUGGCCUCGUCGGGCGGGUCGUACAAGGUGUUGACGGCGAGCGCGCUGGACCGCGAGCAGGCGUCGGAGCACCGCGUGAGGGUGGUGGCGAGGGACCGGGGCAGCCCGUCGCUGUGGAGCAGCGCGGAGCUGGUGCUGGAGGUGUCGGACGUGAACGACAACGCGCCGGUGUUCGAGGAGGCGGCGUACAGCGCGUACGUGGCGGAGAACAACGCGGCGGGCGCGGCGGUGGUGCGCGUGGUUGCGCGGGACGCGGACGCGGGCGCCAACGGGCGCGUCAGCUACUGGCUGGCGGGCGGCAGCGCGGGCGCGGCGCCGUACGUGUCGGUGGAGGCGCGGAGCGGCGCGGUGUACGCGCAGCGCUCCUUCGACUACGAGCAGUGCCGCGAGUUCACGGUGGCGGUGCGGGCGCAGGACGGCGGGGCGCCGGCGCGGAGCUCCACGGCGACGGUGCGCGUCUUCGUGCUGGACCGCAACGACAACGCGCCGCGGGUGCUGUGGCCGCCGGCAGGGACCCCCGCGGGGGCCGAGGCUUCCUCCUCGUCGUCUUUGUCGUCGUCGUUGGCGUUCGAGGUGGUGCCGCGUUCGGCCGAGGCCGGGUACCUGGUGGGCAAGGUGGUGGCGGUGGACGCGGACGCGGGGCGCAACGCGUGGCUGUCGUACGAGCUGGUGCAGGCGGCGGAGCCGGCGCUGUUCCGCGUGGGGCUGCACAGCGGCGAGGUGCGGACGGCGCGGGCAGUGUCGGAGAGGGACGCGGCGAAGCAGCGGGUGGUGGCCGUGGUGAAGGACCACGGGCAGCCGGCGCUGUCGGCCACGGCCACGCUGCACGUGGUGCUGGCCGAGAGCUUGCAGGAGGCGCUGCCGGAGCUGAGUGACAGUGACACUGCGUCCGAGCUGGCGUUUGAUCUCAACGUCAUUCUUGUAGUGGCCCUCGCCGCCGUGUCCUUGUUAUUCGUUAUGACAAUAAUUUUAAUAUUUUUUUUUAAAUGCCGAAUGUCGAGGAGCCCUCCCAUUUUUAUAACUUCUGAUAAGGAACUUUAUUCCAGUCUGGGUUCAAAAGCACCGUACAACUACUGCAGCAGCACGCUGCCCUUGCCAUACUCCUAUGAGGUGCGAUUAGCCACCGAGUCAGGCCAGAAGGACUUCACAUUUCUGAGAACUGGGGCGUCAGUGCAGUCUGACCGUCUUUUGGCCAGGGAAAUCAGCUCAGGCUCUCACUCCGAGAAGGAUCCUCUUAGUCUCGAGAGCUCUUCACAGGUACGAGUUACACAGAGCCAGGGUGGUGCUGAGGACAUGGGGUGGAGCAGGGGCAAAAAUGUCAUGCGGUCCGAAUCUGAGACAAUCCUCUCCCCAUAG